UGAGGCAGCGGGAAGAGGUGGAGCUGGGAUCCACCUCUACAUUGUGGCUCUUCAAAGCUACCUGGGGCCCACCGGCACACAGUAGGUGCGUUCUGAAAACAGAGUAGUCGGAGGCAGAAAUGUUGAAUGAAUGCGAAAGGUAUGAAUGAACGGAUGGAAACAUGAAUGGAGGUGGGAUGGACGCUUGAAGUCUGGGGCGAGGAAGAACGAGCAUCUCCCUCCCGAUCUCUGGGUUGGGAGACCUGCAGCCAAGACCGGCCCGGGGCUCCCUCCCCUCCCUGCCCCUCCCGCCCCGGCCUCCCCCCUCUCCGCGGCGCGCAGCCUGGCGGAGCCCGCGCCCAGCCACAGCCCGCGUCGGAGCCAGCGCUCGCGCCCAGCCGAGAGAGCCCAGGCAGCGCAUCCUUGGGAGGGGGUUGCCCCGGCCCCCUCCCCUCCAACCCCAGUCCCCGGAGAUCGGCCUUCGGGGCGGGGAGGCAAAGUCCCGGUGCAAGAUCGGGGGACCAGCAGCCGAGGACGCCGGGGAACCGCAGCCAACAGAAGGUUUCAGGCUGGGACCACAAACACCUGAGUGCAAGACUCUGGGUCCCCUGAGGGAAGUGGGCUAAGGCCUGGCCCAGGGGCGCCCCUCCCUUGGGGGAGCCUGGGAUGUCCAUCAGCUGUAGUGGCUCCUGAGCUCAUGGAGCCCUCGGCCACCCCAGGGCCCCAGAUGGGGGUCCCCACUGACAGCGGGGAACCGUCUCCGGUGCCUCCAGACUACGAAGACGAGUUUCUCCGCUAUCUGUGGCGUGACUAUCUGUACCCGAAGCAGUACGAGUGGGUCCUCAUCGCCGCCUACGUGACUGUGUUCCUCGUGGCCCUGGUGGGCAACACGCUGGUCUGCCUGGCCGUGUGGCGGAACCACCACAUGAGGACGGUCACCAACUACUUCAUCGUCAACCUGUCCCUGGCCGACGUUCUGGUGACGGCCAUCUGCCUGCCGGCUAGCUUGCUGGUAGACAUUACUGAAUCCUGGCUCUUCGGCCAUGCCCUCUGCAAGGUCAUCCCCUAUCUACAGGCCGUGUCUGUGUCAGUGGCAGUGCUGACUCUCAGCUUCAUCGCCCUGGACCGCUGGUAUGCUAUCUGCCACCCCCUGCUGUUCAAGAGCACUGCCCGGCGUGCCCGUGGCUCCAUCCUGGGCAUCUGGGCCGUGUCGCUGGCUGUCAUGGUGCCCCAGGCUGCUGUCAUGGAAUGCAGCAGUGUGCUGCCCGAGCUAGCCAACCGCACCCGGCUCUUCUCUGUCUGUGAUGAACGCUGGGCAGAUGAUCUCUAUCCCAGGAUCUACCACAGUUGCUUCUUCAUUGUCACCUACCUGGCCCCACUAGGCCUCAUGGCCAUGGCCUAUUUCCAGAUCUUCCGCAAGCUCUGGGGCCGCCAGAUCCCCGGCACCACGUCGGCCCUGGUGAGGAACUGGAAGAGGCCCUCAGACCAGCUGGAGGACCAGGGGCAGGGCGUGGGCGCAGAGCCCCCGCCUCGGGCCCGUGCCUUCCUGGCCGAGGUAAAGCAAAUGCGAGCUCGGAGGAAGACGGCCAAGAUGCUGAUGGUGGUGCUGCUGGUCUUUGCCCUCUGCUACCUGCCCAUCAGUGUCCUCAAUGUCCUCAAGAGGGUGUUUGGGAUGUUCCGCCAAGCCAGCGACCGAGAGGCCGUCUAUGCCUGCUUCACCUUCUCCCACUGGCUGGUAUACGCCAACAGCGCCGCCAACCCCAUCAUCUACAACUUCCUCAGUGGCAAAUUCCGGGAGCAGUUUAAGGCCGCCUUCUCCUGCUGCCUGCCUGGCCUGGGUCCCUGCGGCUCUCUGAAGGCCCCCAGCCCUCGCUCCUCUGCCAGCCACAAGUCCUUGUCCUUGCAGAGCCGGUGCUCUGUCUCCAAAGUCUCGGAGCACGUGGUGCUCACCAGCGUCACCACGGUGCUGCCCUGAGCGAGGGCCAUCCUGGUGGCAAAAGGGGGUGCAACCUAUCCCCUGCCUGGGCUGCUCCUCUGGCUACUGGGGGAGCUGCCCCCACUCCUCAUGGAAAGACUGCUGGUUGCAGUGCGAGGCCGGGGCUCCUCGCCUCGUUUUCUGCCUGUUUAACUCUGGGCAGUGUCACUUCCCUUCUCUGAGCUGCGUCCCCUAAGCGGAUUCAUGUGAGGAUUAAGCACGCUCAAGAAAGUGGAAAGCUCUCUGUAAACUGUAAAGUGUUAAGGACAAGAUUAACGUUGUGUUCCUCUCACUUGGCUAUACCGCACAGUACCAUCCAUCACUAUCAUCCUUCCAGAGCUUGGCCCUCCUCCCAAAGACCCCUCUCCUACCCAAUCAUAGGUCUUCCCUGCAGUCUGCUAUAAGGGUCCCAGCAGGCAUUUCCAUCUGGUCCAGGGGCUCUAAAGCCCAGGCUGCACUUGGCAGCGCUCCUUGAGGCCCAUGUGAACUAAUCUGAGCCCAGCCCCUCCCCAGUGGGAACAGAGCCCCACCCUCACCAGGUGCCAAGCGCACACACCACAGACUGGACCCCGUUGGUUGUGCAGUGGUAGAACACUCUCCACGAGGCCAUUUGGUAUGGAGGCCAGCAGCCUGAAGCAACUGUAAUUAAAAGCCUGGCACUGAAUGUUCCCUCUCCUUGUCAUUGCACAAAAUCUGUGCUUCUUAGGUUAGGAGUGAGAAGGUGGGGAGGCUGGGGGAGGAGAGAAGACAGUGCUGAAAUGCAGCUAUCUGCUGACCCCUCCCACCUCUCGUCCCCUAACACACGGGAUCCCAGAUGGCUCCUGGGCAGGUCUCAGAGCACACGUGCUCCUGCCCCCUCACGUGGCUCCGAUCCUCUGAUGCCAGGACCUCGAUCCUGGCCACAUCUGUCUGCUCAUGAGCCCAGCAGUCUAUGGAAGGUAAGGGGGGUAGGGUGGGCAGACAGCAGGGUUAACAGACCAAUUUACUGUUAUCUUCACCUUCUUGGAAAUCAGGGCUUGCAUUUAUUUUCUAUGAACUCACAGAUUAAAAAGAGAAAGCCAGAGACUGGGCUAGACGUGUUCCAUCUGCCACCAAGAUGAUUAGAGGGCUGCCAGAGGCCCUGAUCCUUGCUGCCAGAGCAGGAGGUGGGAAGCAGUCUGAAGGACUGUCUGCUGAGACGAGCGGGAGACAUCUGGCAGAGGCCAGCUCGGCCAUGCGCACCGCUGGGUCUGCUUAACCUGAUUAAUGACCUCACCCGUCAAGAAGUGGGGCAAACCGCAAACCGCGGCUCCUGCCAGGGGCCCAGCCCAGGAAUGCUUUAGCUCCCCUCCUCGUAGGCAGAGCAGGUGGAGGGAGUGGUCUGAGCAUGUCAUCCUGCUCUCCAGAUGACUCGCCAGCCCAGCUCACGUGAACACUGCCACAGAUGUGCAGCUGUUGCCAGAGGGUACAGGGUGUCCCGCCCAUUCUCCACUCCCUUCCCGCUAGCCUUAGGAUCCAAAGCUGUUUGUCAAGUUUGUAGCCAGGCUUGGAGGGGCAGUGUGUGGAAUGAGGUGUGAGGGCUGACGCCCAAGCCCAGAACCAACCAUGUCCACAAGGAAGAACCCAGGUCCUGGGUUCCUCAGCCCCAGCUGAUCACAAAGGUGACAGAGUAUGAUUGACACUGUUCUAGACACAGGUUUCAGUAAACACUUGGCUCAGUGGGAAGAAACCACAAAAGCUUCCCCUAAUGGCUGCAGUUCUACUCUGUCCUCUGCGGGUUGAACCCAGCACCAUGGUGGGCCUCAGGCCUCUAUUUUGGGGGACUCAGAUGGACUCACAGGAUGCCAUGGAAUGAAGCUCAGUGAACAGCUUCUGGAGAGCCUGGGACUAUCUGGCCUAGGGAAGGGAGGACCUGGGCGAAUGUGGUGGCAGGUUCCAGAUAUCUAGAGGACUGGCAUGCAGGAAGGGGUGGAGUAUGUUCUCGGUGGCCCAAGAGAGAAAACCAUAGCCAAUGGGUAGUGUUUUCAAGGUGGUGGGAUUUGGAAUCCACAGCAGGAAGAAGUCCCUACUAGUCCAGGAGGAAAUGGGCUGCCUGGAAAGGCACUGAGUUGUCAUUGG